AUGAAUGGCGUCAAUAUUAAUAAUUUGAGAUAUGCGGAUGACACAGUGUUAAUUGCAAGCAAUUACGAAGAACUUCAACAUCUUAAUUAAUAGGAUUACCACAACGUGUGAUGAAUAUGGCCUUAAGCUAAACACCGCAAAGACAAAGGUGAUGGUCGUCAGUAAAACGCCAAUACAACCGGAAGUGGUAACAGCUUAUGGUGAACAACUGGAGAGAACUAACAAUAUCAAUUACCUUGUUUAUAAUCUAAAUGAGAACUGGGACAUGGGCAAAGAAAUUAGAAUACGGAUAGAGAAGGCCAGAGCUGCAUUCUUUAAGAUGAAGAAACUUUUAUGUGAAAACAAUAUUACUUUAAAUCUGAAAAUUAGAUUAGUGAAAUGUUAUGUGUUCUCUACUCUUUUGUAUGGUGUCAAAGGUUGAACUUUGACGGAUACACUUUUCAAAAAACUAGAAGUCUUUGAAAUCU